AUGAGUCUAAAGAACAUGCUGUGGGGGCAGUCUUCUAAUGGAUACGGGGAUUGGUAUCAGCCGGGAAAAGCAGGGGGAGAUAUUCCACAACUUUGUGCAGGCGGACACGUCGAGCACAAGAGUGUAUGGCGGCAUUGGGCUGGGACUCAGCAUUGUGCAGAGGUAAGAGAGAAGGAAGGGAGCUGUGGGAGUGUAUGGGCAGACAUGGGGGUUGAGAAGCAGGGGGGAUUUUCCACAACUUUGUGCAGGCGGACACGUCGAGCACACGUGUGUGUGGCGGCAUUGGGCUGGGACUCAGCAUUGUGCAGAGGUGAGAGAAGGGAGGCAGGAUUUGUAAUCUGGGUGGAGAGCGAGCUUGCUCAGAGCUCUGCCUUCUUCUUCACGGCUCGCCUCAACCGCGCCCCCCCCGGCUCUGCACCUGUCUUCAGCAGCGGCCUCCCUGCCUCCCUCCUCCCCGCCUCCCUCCUCCCUGCCUCCCUUCUCCCCGCCUCCCUCCUCCCUGCCCCCUCCUCCCCGCCUCCCUCCUCCCCGCCUCCCUCCUCCCCGCCUCCCUCCUCCCCGCCUCCCUCCUCCCCCCGCCUCCCUCCUCCCCGCCUCCCUCCUCCCCGCCUCCCUCCUCCCCGCCUCCCUCCUCCCCGCCUCCCUCCUCCCCGCCUCCCUCCUCCCCGCCUCCCUCCUCCCCGCCUCCCUCCUCCCCGCCUCCCUCCUCCCCGCCUCCCGCCUCCUCCUCCCCGCCUCCCUCCUCCCCGCCUCCCUCCUCCCCCCCCCUCCUCCCCGCCUCCCUCCCCGCCUCCCUCCCUCCCCGCCUCCCUCCUCCCUGACCCUGCCCUGCCCCUGCCUCACAGCUUACUAACGCUCUGCCAUCCCCUCACAUCUAUGCGGCAUUCCCUCCCCUCCCCCUUCCCCCUCCCUCCUCUCCAAACCCCCAGUCUGGUGCACAUGAUGGGGGGCGAGAUCUGGGUGGAGAGCGAGCUAGGGCGAGGCUCUGCCUUCUUCUUCACGGCUCGCCUCAACCGCGCCCCCCCCGGCUCUGCUCCUGUCUUCGGCAGCGGCCUCACAGCCUCCCUCCUCCCCGACCCUGUCCCCGCCUCGCCCUCCCAUCUCUCCUCCCCCACACGCUCUGUUUCCGCUGCCAUUCCUUCCGAGAUUCACCACCAGCAGCAGCACCAGCUACAGCACCAGAACAGCCACCAGCAGCAGCAGCAGGAGCAACAGCAGCAGCAGCACCCACACCCACAGCAGCAGCAAAUUCAGCAACAGGGUUCCUCUGAUCUAUCCGGCCCACGGCACCACCAUGGGUAUCCUUCAGACAUGCACGCGGGUAUGGCUAGCCUCUGCAGCAACCUACCUCUUGACAUCCCUGCCACUCCAGGCUCCAGCCACGGGGGCAGCAGCAGACACCCCUCCUCCCGAGGCGGCCCUGGGGGAGGCUUAUCCAGGGUAGGCAGCGGCUCGGGGAGGGCAGACCGGUUGCGAAUGGGGAGUUCAGGAGGAACAGGAGGAGCAGGGGGGGCGGGAACAGCGGGUAUGGACUAUUCUAGUCCGAGAACGCAGCUGAUAGGGGCGCUGGGUAUGGGUCUUCCUCUUGUGCUUCCAAGCCCUAUGGCGUAUUCUGGUCCUGGCACACGCAGUGGGAGUGCAAUCGGUGGUGCUGCUGGUGCUGCUGCUGGCGGUAUCAGCGGUGCUAUGGGCAGCGGGGCCCUGUCCGAUCCUUCGCUCUAUUCCCAGGUGGCUUCAGGCAUUCCGGAUCUACUCACCGGGGGUUAUUCCCCUCCCUCCAACAACGAAUCCUUUUCUUCCUUCCUCACCACCUUCGCCUCUGGCCCAGCCCCUCCUUGCUCUUCUGGUGCACCUAGUUUGUCUGCCGCGCUGCCAGUAGCACAAGCAGCUUCGGCUGUAGCGCCAGCGGUAGCACCUGCUGCUUGUGCUACGGCCCCAGCUGCUCCUGCAGGCUCAGCAGCAGCAUCUGAAGGUGCAGAGGCGAACUCAGCCCCUGCUGCUGGUGCCAAUGCGGGUGGCCGCGUGUUGGGAAGCGAUGCGGUGAGCGGUGGGAGUGGUGGUGCUAGCAGCAGUGCAGGGAAGGCUGGUUCAGGGUCUACUGGCCCGGGUCACUCCCCGCUCACUGCCACAGGAAGCACUGCUCGUGCUCUGGAGUCCGCCGUGGCUAGCUCUUGGCCCGGGAAAGAGGCUGGGGAAGGGAAGCAAGCAGCAAAGCCUGCACUCCAUUCCUCUGCCUCUGCUUCCCUCAACCCGCCCCACAAGCGCCAACGCCCACUCCUCACCGCCACCUCCCUGCCCCACCCUGCCUCCCUCGCCUCUCGCUCCUUCACCUCUGCUGCUGCUGCUGCUGCUGCUGCUGCUGCUGCUGGCGGCGGUGCUGAUUCAGGUGGAUUCUCAGGUGCUGGUUCAAGUGGGAAGCUCGCCCGAACAGGGUCUGGUGCCGUAGCAACACGGAACAAGAGCGGGCCUCUAGCCAUGCUGUCUGGGGUGCGCAUAUUGUUAGCAGAGGACAACCUGGUGAACCAGCGAGUGGCCACACACGCCCUCUCCAAGCAGGGCGCGCGUGUCGAGGUGGUGGGCAACGGGCAGCUUGCACUCACUGCCAUGGAGGAACGGGCGGGGUCUUUCGACCUCAUUCUCAUGGACAUUCAGAUGCCUGUCAUGGAUGGGCUGGAGGCCACUCGCCGCAUCCGCCAGCUGGAAGCUUCCAGGCGUCGCCUGUCGGGUGGCAAAGCAGCACGACAGCACAAGUACUCGCAGCACGGGCAGAAGGAGGGGAAAGAGGAGGGAGGGGGAGGGGGAGGGGGAGAGGGAGGGGCCGGUAGAGGGGGAGGGGGAGAGGGUAGGAGGAUAGGGAUAGUGGGUUUGACGGCGCAUGCAAUGGCUGGUUACAAGGAGCAGUGCUUUGAAGCGGGUAUGGAUGGGUAUGCGACUAAACCCUUCAAGAUUGAGCUGCUGGUGCGGGCAAUAAAAGCCGUGAUGGGAGGAGCGGUGAACGUGGAUGGCACUAAAUAA